AUGCAGCGAUAUGUGGGGUGCGCGUGGGGGCACCGAGGCGGCCGAUGGGCAACCACUACGCUAGCCAUGGCAUCAGCCGCCGCUACUCCAUCGUUGCUGGUGUCUUCUAGCAUGCUCACUACUUCACGCUACUGCACGACGACGAGCGCAUCGGCAGAGGUACCAGCGCAAGGCGACGGCGGCGACGCGCUUGUCCCUCAUCUCAAGCAAGACAUGGAGGCACUCGAGACGCUGCGCUCCAUCGCGCCUGUCAGCUCCACAGAGGAAAUCCAGGCAAUGAUCAAGAGCGCAAAGAACGCUCGCGAGGUGCGGAUGGUGCUCGAGAGGAUCGUCUACACGCACCACCUCUGCUUUGACCUGCUCAACGGCCACGGCUACCGUGUUGCGGUGCUGCAGACGCUGACGGCCGUCGCACCGCACGCGAGCUGCAUGCACGAGUGGUUCGACUGCGUCGCCCGCUUCCGGCGCCUGGGCUUCGUGCUCACCCGCACGUACGCGGCGGAGGGUUUCACGACGAUACGGCAAUGGCUGUCGCACGAGUUCUUUCACCGCGGGCGAUCGCCCAGCCUCGUCACGGAGGGCACAGCGCACAUUAAGGAGCUGAUGCAGUGGUGCCUCGAGGACCGACUUGUCUUUGACCACGUCCUCUACACCCGCAUCGUGUUUUUACUGACGAUGAUCGUCAGCUACUUGGACCGGCAGAACUUGUACCGCGCCUCCUUCCCGGAGGAUUUCGCGAAGCGCGACGGUAUCGUGGUAGAGUGGAUCGUGACUAACGAGCGGUGCGUCGACUUUGACGAGUGCGUGCUGCAGUGCGACGCCGUGAUGGAGGAGUUGCUGGAGCAGAUGCGGCAGGACAUUCCGUCGCGCCCUCCGUUCAGCUUCAUGUACCGCCUCGCGGACUACUACUUCGCCACCGACAACGUGGAGAAGAUGAUCGCCGUGAUGGAGGAUGCGGAAAGCUAUGGCGUGAGCGUGGCGGAGAGCACGACGGCAAAGCUGAUGCAGAUGGCAUGUGCCUUCAACUCCCCACAAGUGCCGGAGCUGCUGCUGCGGUGGCGGGUGCUGCCCCCUCAGUGUGUGCUGGCGACGCCGGACAUGAGCCGCCUCCUCUUCUUCUACAGUCGUUCUGGCGGCGGCCUGCCGUGCCCGCACUGCGGUGAGGCCUACAACCAUCGGAACGUCAGCGUGUACUGCUGGCUGCAGACGCCGCCGCAUCAGCGGCAGUGUCCGGCGCUGCGCAAGGCACGCGUGCAGAAAGGAGAAUUGGAGGAGUCGCGGGAGCUGCCCCAGAACGCGGACUGGUCGGCACAGGCCUUCGGACUCUUCGAGCUCUCGCGUGCCCGUGCCAUUGAGUGGACAGCGGUAGAGUGGCGCGGCUUCUUGCUCUGCUGCAUCUUCUCUCCGCGCGCCAUGGAGGCCAAGGCGCUCAUGGACCAGUACCUCGACGUGACGGAAAUGGAUGACUUCUUGCGAGCCGCCUGCAUUCGACUGCUGCGCCACCACGCACCCGCAGAGGCGUGGCCCACCCUAAAAAAGUGGAAGCAACAACAAUGUAACAUGUCGCCCAUUGCACUGCAGGAGGCGCUGAUGGCCGCCUCGAUGGUGGCGGACGCUGCCACGCGGCUGGAACACAUGAAGGCGGUGUGGCAGCUGCUUCUAGAGAAGGAUAGCUACGUUAUGCCCCUCACACGUCGUUUCUAUCAGCGACGAAUGGAAGAGCUGGCAACGAGCUACGCCGCCGCCGCCGCCAGUGGUGACGGUAAGGAGUCGCAAGGCGGCUUGGCAACUGAGCGGGAGGAGGCGCAGCUCAUGCAGAGGGUUGUGGAGAUGCAGCCGCGCCACGUGUCGCUGCUCGAUAUGAAGGACAGCGCAGCCGACUUCGUUGUCGGUACACGUCGCAAGAACGUCUAUCGGCCGCGUUAA